AUGGAUUGGGAAUGUUUUGAGGUGCGGCGUGUUUCGGACAGGAUCAUCCUGCUGAGGUUGGUGGUCGGCAGCUCUGUGCUGACGUUCCUGUCAGUCUACGCUCCACAAGUCGGUCUCAGCGACGUGAAGGACCAGGAUGGAACUGGCUUCAGGGAGGUGCAUGGAGGGUAUGGGCUUGGUGUGCGGAACGUGGAAGGAGAGAGAAUCCUGGAGUUUGCAGUGGUCAAUGACUUAGUCGUUGGAAACACAUGCUUCAAGAAGCACGAGUGCCACCUCGUCACGUAUCAAUCUGGUGGUAUCUCCACACAGAUCGAUUACAUUUUGUUCCGUUGUAAUCAGCGCAAGUUGAUUGUCAAUGUAAAGACCAUACCCGGCGAGGAGUGUGCCACACAAAAUCGCCUGCAGGUGUGUGACAUCAAGGUUGAAAUUCCGUCACUGCCCAAGCGUAAAUUUGUGCCUCAUAUAAAAAUAUGGAAGUUGAAGGAUCCUGUGACCAGGCAGAAGUUCCGUGUGGCUUUUACACAGCGUACUGUGGACGCACAACCCCUUGGCUAA